AUCUCCAAGCAGAGAGGAGGCUAAAUCGUUUCGUUUUCCUAGCAGCCCGUCUCUGUGCCCGGUGGGGAAUGUAACGAUCUAGCCUUCCCUAACAUCUGCUUGGAGAAGAAACAUUAGUAGUCAUCACACAAUAAGCCCUUCUGGGGGUCAUUAAUUAGUAAUACGGUAUUUUGGUGCAUGCGUAUUGGAGGCCGAAAAGAUGGCGGGUGGACCGCAUCGUAUCACUGACGUCGACGCCUUACUUUCGCUUCCCUCUGCACAGCCGUAGCGUUUCAACAACAACCUAAACCCGCUGCUUUUAGGGCGAACGCAGUGUUUCGAAGAAUAACGAACUCCACCGUGAAGCCAACGCAACAUGGCGUUCGCUAUCAAUGCCGUAGACGCCAUCUUGAGCGACUCUCUGGCGGCACCAGGCAAGAGGAAGCCUUCUAUCGAGGGACAUAAUAUCGACACCGAGCUGCCGUUCGACAAGAUGGUGAAGUGCGUCACUGUGGGCGUGCCUCUCUUUCUCAUGUCCCUGUACUUCGCCAAGGAAUUUGCCACAGAGGACUCAGUGAUAGCAUGCUUCCCGCCUCAGGACUUUGGGUCGGCACAUGGGAAGUACCUAAAUGUCUACUGCUGGACAGAGUUGAAAUUUUCUAGGAUCGCGUCGGGCUGGGCUAAUACCACAGACGGAGAGAGGGUGAUAACACAGCCGAUGUCGCUCUUCCAACACAAGAUCUUCCCCUACAUCUUGCUGUGCAUCGGCGCCAUUAUGUACCUGCCUGUUGUCUUCUGGAACGUUACGGCUGUGCCAACUUUACAGGCUGAGAUGAGCGUGAUCCUGACAGAGUUUGACAACACGUUCAGCCGAGCUGUCCAGCUGGUGUGUGAGAUCCUGGGCAAACGGGACCCAGGCGACCUGACCAUGACACGGACGGAGUUCGACUCCGAGAUGGCGAAGGUGAAGACUGAGAAGCCGUACGCCUUCCUGCUGUUUGAGAACUACCUCCUGUGUAAGGUCAAGAAAAACCAGCUCAUCAGGCUGUACCUCAUCAGGCAGGUCCUGGUCCUGCUGGGGAUCGCCUGCACCAUCACUUAUCUGUUGUACUUCUACUUCGAGAACCUUCCGGACGAGUUUUCCUGCAACAUCCGUUCCGGAGAGCUGCUGGUCAUGGAGGGCAUUCCGGACGCCGUCAACUGCAAACUGCCCGGGGUGGCCAUGUUCCGGAUCGCCUGCGUCAUCAACAUCGCCUUCUACGUCCUCAUCGCUCUGCUCAUCUUCGUCUACAUCAUCAUCAAAUAUGUGGGCAAGAAAAGGGACAACGUCAAGAUUUUCAGAAUGCUCCCUUUCGUGUGUGUAGAAAAGGACGCAUUGGUUCCCCAAAGCUGGUUCAGCGAUAUCAACCUCCUGUCGGUGUACCUGGCUAGUAACGUCACCGAAGUCAAGUCGUACUACCGCCUGUCGGAAAUCAGAUGCCUGAAACACGCGAUGGAGGACGAACAGGCUAAGGCAAGCAAGGAGGCCAUGCUGGAUGGCGUCAUCUCAGGAGACAAAACAUCCCUUGAUGGUAAAAAGGACAUUCUUCUGAAGGAAGAUGAGGAUGAAGAUGUCAGCCCUCAAGACGUGACGGUCGGUGAUCUUGUCAACCUGAUUGGAGAGGUGUCCACAACGGCCACUGCAGUCUCUCUGCCUCGGUUUGGGUCCAUCCUGAGACACGGCCAAUCAGGGAGCGGACCGGCUCGGAAACGGGCGGGGCAAGGGCAGGGGCAAGACAAGCCGGGCACAUCGCCAGAUGGACAGAUUCAGGAUUCUGGACCAUUGUAGUUUGAAACUCAACAUAUUGCAGGGAAUUUUAGUAACGACUAUAACCGUAAAACGCAACAUUGGAAAUUGAUAACUGCAUAUGGCUGCACACGUAAGAAACCCUAACCAGACAUCGUAAAAAGAAACAAGAAGAAGAAAGGUAAAUCAGAAAUAACAGCAAUCAUUAAUGAAUGUCCCAUCAUUUAUAAGGUCAACUUUUGUAACCUUUAACUAGAAAGGCUUUUUACUAAAUUCAGGUAUUGAUUAGACUGUAGUGAAGUAGGCAUAUCCAAACUCUAUGCACGCUGUUGUUUGUCAGUCUCCAAUUCUAGAGUCGUCUCUUCAAAAUAAGGCACACUAAAGAUUGUGUUGAUGGAGGUUAAACAUACAGGCAGCAGUAUACUUAAAGCUAGAUUAAACUGUUGUCCACGCGUUUCAGUCAGAUAGAUUAAACUGUACAACUGUACAAUGAUUUUAUCUUUAAAUACGUGAUCAAUUGUUUGCCAAUACAUUUCCGCUUCAAAGUAUUCUGAAACAUUUACCUGUAGAGGUCCAAGUUGUUUUUCUGUGAUAUCUCACUCGGAUAUAUAGUCCAUCUAUAAUGACACCAGAGCAAUGUCUAUUUCUCACAUUUUAAUAUUUUGUUGCGUACUUUAAGUAUUUAAGAACUUAACAUGCUACUUAUAUGCUACCUGAUUUCAAUUAGCUUCAGCUAAAAUGCGACUAAAUAUAAAGUAAAUGGUAAUGUAAGAAUACUAAACAUUAGUACUGAAACAUAGAAAAAAUAGGAGAUACUAGUAUCUCAUUUAUUGAACUGCCUCCAAGUUUUGAUACAAACUUCACUGGGCACUAGUGCUAUCACCAUGUACCUUGUACCACACGCUGAAUAAAUUUGCUAGUAACUGUUGUUGAUACUUUAUGACUGUUUCACAGCAUACUACUGCUUCCAACAAAAUACAAACGUACAGUCCUCCAUUAGACUCCUUCUGAUGAAAAAUAAAGCAAACAGAAAUAAAUGCCACAAUCAUGUAA